GAUUUUGUAAAGGGUUACAAAGUAAUUUCGAGUUUGAGAUGAUAAAUAUGUGAAAAUCCCAUAUAAUAAUAAUAAUAAUGAUAAUAAACGUAAAUUGGAGCCCUUUGCGCGAUGCUCGAAGGUUUAGAUUACGAUUCGAAGAAGUCGGAUGAUACCAGCGACGAAUACUGCACUCAGGUGAGCAGAGCAAUACGGACCAUGUCAAAGCUCCGGUGCGCCCCCCGGGAUUCAAAUUUCGGAGCCGUAGUCCUUCUCUUCUUGGUCGUCCCGACCUUUGUUGUCGGCAUCUACUUGCAUGGCCAAAAGAUCACCUACUUCCUUCGCCCUCUCUGGGAAUCCCCUCCGAGGCCGUUCAAGGAUAUCCCCCAUUACUAUGACGAGAAUGUCUCCAUGGAGAACCUCUGCAAGCUCCAUGGCUGGGGAGUCCGCGAUGUUCCCCGCCGCGUGUUCGAUGCGGUGCUCUUUAGCAAUGAAUUGGACAUCCUUGCCAUCCGCUGGCACGAAUUGUACCCUUAUGUUUCGGAAUUCGUGCUCCUCGAGUCUAAUUCUACCUUCACUGGCCUGCAAAAGCCCUUCUUCUUUGCUGAGAACCGGGGUCAAUUUGAGUUUGUGGAGCCACGGCUCAAUUACGGGACUGUCGGUGGGAGGUUCGUCAAGGGGGAGAAUCCUUUUGUUGAGGAGUCCUACCAGAGAGUGGCAUUGGAUCAUCUCAUCAGGGCUUCAGGAAUUGGUGAUGAUGAUUUGUUGAUCAUGUCGGAUGUCGAUGAGAUCCCAAGUGGCCACACGAUUAACCUCUUGAGGUGGUGCGAUGACAUUCCAGAAAAGCUACAUCUCAGACUGCGGAAUUACUUGUACUCUUUUGAGUUCUUGUUGGAUAACAAGAGCUGGAGGGCUUCGGUUCAUAGGUACCGUGCUGGAAAGACGAGAUAUGCCCACUACCGCCAGACCGAUGACAUACUGUCAGAUUCGGGGUGGCAUUGUAGCUUCUGCUUCCGCUACAUCGGCGAGUUUGUGUUCAAGAUGAAGGCAUACAGCCAUGUUGAUCGUGUGAGAUUUGCGUAUUAUCUGAAUCCAUCAAGGAUUCAGGAUGUCAUAUGCCGAGGAGCAGACCUUUAUGACAUGCUUCCGGAGGAGUAUACAUUUAAGGAGAUUGUAGGGAAGCUGGGGCCUAUACCUCACACGUAUUCUGCAGUCCAUCUUCCUGCUUAUCUGCUUCAGAAUUUUGACAAGUACAAAUAUCUCCUACCUGGAAAUUGCAAAAGAGAACAUGGGUGAUUGGAAUUGCACUUGCAGGAGUCUCUUUCAAAAAUAAUAAACAACAGUAUGCUGGUAUUUAUGGCAUGAUUGCUGAUAUUAUGAUCUGAUUUGUGUGACUCUUCUGAGGCAAGUUGGAAAGCAGAAGUUCUAAGGUGUACGUGUACAUUGUAUAUAGAUACUCAAGUAAUCAUGCUUGCUUCACCUAACUUGGGUGCCAAAGUAGUGUCUGCAGCGUUUCUAGCUACAAGGAGAGUUUCUCCAUUUUCUGUUAUCAGUAAGAUAUUUUAACUGUGUUUUUUGUACUGUGCAAAUUAAGUAUGCUUUGGAAGUUUGGAAGCCCCACUAAGCUAUUUUGGU